ACACACUUAAUUAACCAGGUGAAGCCCUUGAGCUAUGCAUCUUUCUCUUGCUUUCCAAAUUCACCUCCUGGGACUGUCAAUGACCAAGAUAUUCAGCUCCAGUGAAUGCAUAUGUAAGGAGAGAGUAAAUGCAUGCUCAGUCAUUCCCUGUGGAAUUCCUGGGAGAAGUGGCUUACCAGGUAGAAAUGGGAAAGAAGGUCCUAAAGGAGAAAAGGGAAACCAAGAAAUGGAUCUUCUUAAAAGUCACCUAAGUGAUUUGCAAGCACAACUGAAGGUUCUGCAAGCUCUCAGCAGCAAAACCCAAAAAAUUCUACUCUACCCAAGUGGCAUGAUUAUUGGUGAAAAAAUAUUCAGAACUGAUGGCUCUGAAGGCAACUUUGAAGUUUCACAAGCUGCAUGCUCCAGCUCUGGUGGCCUCCUAGCUUCUCCAAGAAAUUCUGAAGAAAACAGUGCCAUACAACAAAAAGCAGAGAGGCAAAACAAAAGACCAUUCCUGGGAAUAGAUAACAGACUGACAGAAGGUACCUUUAUGUACUUAAGUAGUGAAGCAAUAUGAUACACAAACUGGAGCACAGGAGAACCAAAUGAUUCUGGAGGAGAGGAGGACUGUGUAGAAGUGUAUUCAGAUGGCAAGUGGAAUGACAAAUCCUGUGCA